AUGUUGUGGAAAGUUGUACCUGCAUUUAUCUUGUUGUCGCAGGGAUUGGCGCAGUCUGCCGUCUCCAAGGAUGUCUUCGAGAACAUCAGCCGUUACACGGCCUUCUCUGCAGCUGCGUAUGCUGAUACCUGCGAGACUCCUCCUGCAGGGAGCAAGGUGAUCCAGUACUUCUCCGACGAGGCCACCGAUACCCAGGGCACCCUGUUUGAGGACGAAACCAAACAGGAGCUCAUUAUGGCCUUUAGAGGUACUUCGUCACCCAAGGACCUGGACACCGAUCUCAUCUUUACGCUGGUUUCCCUCAGUGCCCCGGGAACUAAGUGUUUGGAUUGCAAGGUCCACAAAAGCUUCCAGGAGGCCUAUGUCGCCGUGGAAUCGGAUGUCGUCGCAGCCAUCAAGAAGCACAAGUCCGGCUUUCUGACUGUGACCGGUCAUUCUCUCGGUGGAAGUAUCGCCGCCAUCGCGUCGAGUGCCUUGGCCGAACAGUUCGGUAACAUCACCACCUACACCUUCGGGGAGCCCCGAAAUGGAGACGCAGCCUUUGGGAAAUACGUCUCCGGUCUGGUGCCGGAUGAGAACUACUUCCGCGUCACUCACCACAACGAUGGAGUCCCCCAGAUUCCCCCUACGCAGUUGGGCUUUGAGCAUCAUGGCCCGGAGUAUUGGGAAAAGGCGGGCGACAAGAACGAUGCCUCGACCACUCUAGCCUGUGGGUCUGAUUCGAAGAAAUGCAAUGCCGCCCAAGACUUUGGCGACGGUCCUAUUAACCGGGCCCAUUUGACCUACACUAACAUGGCCAUUGGCAACUCUCUGUUUGUUGAGGCGUGUGGGGCCAAAUAG